CAACAGGUACGGGGGUAGAAAUUUUUAAGUGCAAAAGAAUUUAAGAAAUUGAGAAAUGUCGAGCGCGACGUACGACGAGCUUUGGAGAGCAACUGAAACGUCGCUCGCGGAAACGAUUCAGGCGGACAUGGUGCUUCAAGGUGCGAAACCGCAACAGGACCGUAAAAAGGCGCACGAUGUCGUUACGAGACUGUACGUGAAAUACAUCCUUGCGUGUAACAAACUCGAGCAAUGUUACGAUCAAACGAUACAACCCCAGAAGCGACUACUAAUCAAGAGACUGUUGGACGCGACUCUAGGCAGAGUUUUGGAGUUGAAACACGAGCUGGUCGAUAUCGACCUCUCGGAACAUAGUUAUUACGACGACGUGCUGAUCGAGUGCGGCGUGACGCCGCAGGAGGCCGAGAUCCGGGUGCCCAACUACUACAGACGCAAUCGAAUCGCGGAGAUCGAAGAGAGGCGGAAGUUCACAGAGGAUACGCUUCGAAAUCUCGGUGCGCUUCAUGAGAUCGUACUGCCCGGCAAGAUUACCGAGUCUCAGGCUAUACGGCUUAUUCAGGCUCACGAACGAGCGAGACAAGGUAGAUUGCGUUAUCAAUUUAUGAAAGAAGUUCGUGAAAUGAAGGAAAGAUCGACUAUUAAACCAGAAGUUGAAGAAAAGGAUGAAACGAGCGAAAAGCUUGCGGCGCUGACAAUUCAAAAAGUAUGGAAGGGAUAUAUCACUAGACGUUAUAUUCGUAAAAGACGUCUCGAGGAAAUGUUACUUGUAGGAAUGUUACAGCCUAGUCAAGUGAUUACGGAGAAUGCCAGACAAGCGAAGAGACUGAAACAGCUAAGAUAUGAAAAGCAGUUAAAUUUUCAAAUGCAAUACGAAGACUUGAUUUUAGAAGCCACGGAGAGAAUUCGCAAGGAGAAAAGCGUUAUUAUGGAAGAAAACAUAAGAAGUGAAAUUCGAAAUUGGAUUGACACUUAUUUUCAACAAACUGGAAAGAUACCUGAUUUACCAUCUGUCGAAAGCGGAGGUUCGCGAAUGAUUUUCAGCAGGCAGGGAACUGAGAGUACCGUAAGUAAGUCCACAGCAGUAUCAUCGAAAGAAUCAAAGAAAUCAAAACAGUCAAAAUCAAAGAAAGAUAGCGAAACGGAGCAGUCGGAGGACGAAAUGGAUCUAGGAUUCAAAUCUGCUCCCUCUAACUUUUUGACAGAAUUGAUUCACGCGAAUCAAGAGUAUCAGGAUAUUUGGAAGGAUAAAGACGAAUCUGCGAACUUGAUGCAGUUACCUUAUCGCGAUAUGAUAGAAGCGAAGAAGACAAAGGAAAUUGAGGACGAAGUUAGAGUGGUUGUGGAUCAGACGAUGAGAGACGAUAUAGAAGCUCUUCAGCUCGCCUUAGAUAGAGACAAAGGCUUCAAAGGAAAACGUGUGAAGAAACCUCAGAAACGAAUUCGCAGGAGUGGAAAGAAAAAUAAGAAAAAAAAGGAGAAAGAUCUAACACCUGAUAGAACAACCGAGUCUCUUUUCGAAGAGCUAGUCACGCAAGGAAUUAUUAAGCUUUACCGUGAAGUUUCGCUAGACGAAUUCAAGGGUGAAAAGUCUUUCGCAAAUUACAAUCUUCGUACAAAGGAAAAAGAUCCUCUUCCAACAUUCGGCGACAUAAGACAAUUGAUUGCUGAAUACUGUAUACUUCCGCUGGGUAACCAAGUCCUGAGAGAACUCACACCUCUCGUAAGAUCAAUUUUUAUAGCCGGGCCGCAUGGUAGCGGUAAAAAACUUUUAGUAAACGCAAUCUGUACGGAGCUUGGAGCUACGCUCUUUGACAUUACACCGGCGAAUAUAGCGGGCAAGUACCCCGGCAAAUCAGGAUUAAUUAUGCUCGUUCAUUUGAUUUCGAAGGUAUCGCGAUUACUGCAGCCGUCAGUGAUUUUCAUGGAUGACGCGGAGAAACCGUUUAUGAAGAAAGUAGCGAAAACAGAUAAAACCGAUCCGAAACGUUUGAAAAAAGAUUUACCCAAAUUAGUCAAGAGUAUCACGAAUGAAGACAGAGUUUUAUUUAUCGGAACAUCUAAUAAGCCUUGGGAUAGCGAUCCAAAACUCUUAUAUCAGAUUUAUGACAAAGUUAUAUACAUUCCUAGACCAGAUUACGGCACCGUCUCAUUUAUAUGGAAAGAUUUGUUAUACAAAUAUUCGGGCAUUAGCCGGCAAUUUGAUACGUCUGCUAUGACCAAAGCAUGCGACGGUUUCACGAUAGGAUCUAUCUUAGCAGCAAUCAAUGAGGUAAUGACUACAAAGCGUAUGGUACAAUUACGAAUUCAUCCUUUGACACAUGCAGAACUAGUGAAUGCGUUAAGUUUCAAAGAUCCAGUGUACCGUGAAGAGGAAGAUGCCUUUUUAGCUUGGUUUUCCAAAACGCCAACAUGUCGACGGAAGCAAAGAGUUUUAGAAUUAGAAUUAGAAAAGUUGAACGAAGCAAACGAAUCGCAAAAAAAGAAAAAAGGAAAGAAAUAAUAGAUAAAGUUCGUUCAUGUAAAAGAAUUCACAUUUUAUAUAAUUAGAUUAUCGACACCUUUAAAAAGAGUAUUCGUAAUAAGAAUCAAUGAGAUAUAAAUAAAAAUAAAGAAUUUCUUAGCGU